AUGUCACUUACUCACAAAACCUUCACUAACACCUCUGUUGCCUUUCAAACUGAAUAUACAGUUGUCUCCUCCAGUUGUUGUACCAGUUUAGACUACAUCGUCACCUACCUCUUCAAGCACAUAGCAAAAGAGGGCAAGAAGCCACUUCGAUGCAGAGAGGCUACCCAGGCUGGUCAGAGACUAUUACAUUUUAUGCAACAAAAUCCAGAUGUCCUACAGCAGAUGAUGUCUGUCCUCAUGAACACCAUUGUCUUUGAAGACUGUCGGAACCAGUGGUCAGUAUCCAGGCCUCUCCUGGGGCUCAUCCUGCUCAAUGAGAAGUGUUUCAGUGAACUGAGAGCGAGUCUGAUAGACAGCCAGCCGCUCCCCAAGCAGGAGGCUCUUGCCCAGUGCUUCAGGAACCUGAUGGAGGGAGUGGAGCAGAACCUGUCCAUCAAGAACAGAGACAGGUUCACUCAGAAUCUGUCCGUGUUCAGAAGAGACAUGACAGAGGCUCUACGCAGCGAUAGCAGCACUGAGCCGUGCAGUCUAGACAUGAUGAGCUGACCUGGCUUUCCUGACUAUGUGCCACACAGCCUUCAUCAAAAGACUCUUGAAGGUCCAGGUCCCAGGACAGGGAUGUUGGCUAGCCCAGGGGAAUCUAUUUUUCAAACAAACAGGCAGCAAAGGCUCUACCUUUUUAUAAGUCUGGCUUAAAUAUAAGAAUGUAUAAUAGUGCACAAGCAAUGUAAAUUCAGUCUUUGCUCUGAAAAAGCAAAGGAUGUAUUUUCAGUCUUUCUAUCAGAUAUUAUCUUUGUUCUCAUAAUGCACUGAAAGGAUGUAGAAACAAUAACCAAAGAACAUAAUAAACCAGGUUUGCGCCUAAGUGUGUACUGGUUAAUGGUUCUGCAAUCAGGGUUGUCAAUUUGUUGGAGAUGCAGCCUUCAACAUGGGUCCUGUAUUGAGAUGAAUGCCACUGGAACCUGUUAAAUUAGUAGUUGGUUGUGAGUCAGAAGAAGGAGCAUUGGGAACGUGGGGCUGUGAGCCUGAGAGCACCACAGAGCAUCCCCCAGGACUGCACGCAGGCCUCCCUGCCUCAGCUGCUUCUGAUAAAGUUGAGAGACAGUAACACAAUUAAAUGACUUAUAAACAACAUUUGCUUUUCACUGGCAUAAAUCUGAAGUGGUUCAGUCUAGAAGAAUUAAGCUGAGCAAUUACUGCCUACAGAGAUAUUUCUUCAGAAGUACUCCUGUAGCCCCCAUAAGACAUUCUCAGAGGUGCCAGUGCCAGUCCUCUGCAUCCAUUUAACUCAAGAGAAGUUGGAGGUAACUAUUAGAUAGAAUAUUUGAAGCAACUCUGCCUUUUCAGUUCACCCAAAACAGUUCUAGGUGCUAAUGUUCAGGUUUUCAGAGGACGAGGAACAGCUGGUUUCCAUCCCUCUACAAAAACUCAUUAUUGUUGGGAUUGUGGCUUAUCCUAAACCUAGAACAUGAAGAAGGCCUUCACAGAUAGUGAUAUGCUGAAACGAGGCUAUUAAUUCAAAAUUGUCACUGUCAAGUGGUUUUUGUGUUUCACAGCUUUGUUGUUAUGGCUCAGAUGUAUAAUAAAUAUUGUGCCUUUUAUUUCUGAUAAGACAUGAAAAGUUGGCCCUACUGUUGAACAAGAAGUAAAUCCACAGGCCCCUGUUAUAAUCUCA